UUGAAGUUUAAUUCCUUUACCACCAUCGGGCGGGAGAUGGAUGUAUAGGUUUUAGCAUUCUAAAAAUAACAUACACAUUCGGACUUUAUGAAGUUUUAGAUAUAAAUAUUACAUUAUUUGUCUUUGGAGUGAUUGUUUUCUGCGGUUUUGUACCGAAUAAAGCUUGAGGCAAAAGAUGAGCUCUCUUCUCUCUGAGCGGCCUGUGGAUCCUCUGGUUGAGGGAGGAACAGCUGCGAGUGAUUCAGACAGUGGAAUGGGAUCACCAAUGGAAGGUCCUAUGACUGACACAAAUCUGGUCAUUGAUGAUCAACAAGAUUCGGAAGACGAUGAUAUCACAGUGAGUCGAAAGGGACGUUUGCGAAAGGCACUUCGUGACAGUGACAGUGAUGGAGAGCAGGAAGAGGCUGGAAUGGCAAAUGCUCUUGUCCUAUCAGAGUCCAGCGAGGAGGAGAAGAAGACCAACGAGACGAAGAGCACCAAAAAGAAAAUGGGCAGUAGAAUAUCCCGCCUCUCAAUGGAUAGUGAUGAAAGUGAGCCAGAGAAAGAGGAUGUUCAAGUCAAACCAAAAGAAGCAAAGAAAAAGAGGGAUAAGUCACAGAGACGCAGAGAGAAAGACAAACGCAAUGCAUCCCUUGCAAAGCGACUGAAAGAUAAAACAGAGGAUUCACCUCCACUCAAAGCACUUUAUGACAGCGGUUGUCUUCUGGGAGACUCUGAUCUAUUUGAUGCACAGUUGGACGAAGAUUCUGAACAGCAUCUGGAGGAUGAAGAUGAAGAGUCACUGAACGCCAUCAGAUCAGCUGUGAAAAAGAAGGCAAAACGCAAACCUCAGUUGUCAGAUUUCAGUGGAGAUGAAGAACAAGAGAACAAGCCACAGCGGAAGGAGAGAAAGUCUGCAAAGGCCAGCAAGGAGGCACUUAGACAGCUUUACAGUGACAGUCAGAGACUGGUGCGAGAGUCUGUGGUCGGUCUUCCUUAUCACAUGCCAGAGCCCAAAAGUAUUGAUCAGUUCUUCAGGAGAAGACCACGUCGAGAGGGUCCUGCCAUGGCUUUGCUCAAGUCUGCCAAAUACCAAGCUUGUAUUUUAGAGGCCAGUGCAGUACCUCCUCUAGAUCAAAAUCAAGCCAAUACCUCUGAACAUGUGCCUCAACAGGACACAAGUCUUCAGACAGACUCAUCCGUGGUUACAAACCAGACAUUCAGCACAUCCCUUCCCUCAACAGACAGCACUACCAGCACUCACCAGGAAGCCACUACUGAUGGAGAAGCACAUACAGAAAAUGAUACAAGCACUAACAGCCCCAAACCUGUGGUUGAAGAGAAUGAUGAUCCCAUUGAUGAUACUGAACAUUUAGAUAAUGCACAGCAGCAGGUCCAGACUGAGGAUUUCGCAAAGCCAUCAGUGACUGAACCUGCCCCACAGGUGGCAAAACCUCGAAAGGAUAAGUUGGCGAGGCUAAGAGAACUUGGUCUAGAUCCUCCUCCAGUGGCGAAGCUGUGUGCGGAUGAGGGGGAUUUUGUUCAGCUGGAGCCGCCUCAGGAAAACCCAGCUCUGAAAGCACUACAGGAACGGUUUUUGAAGCACGUUCAGCCUGUCGCCCGCCCCAAAGGAGAGCGCACUAUGCAGCUAAGUGUGGUAAGAAAAGACAAUGCCCCUUCUGGACAGCAGGAACUACGCACUGAAUCCAUCACUAUCACCGUCAAUGAGGAAGAGGACCCUGGAAAAGCCAAACAAGGUGAGAAACUGGUUGUCCUAAAGUCUCGUUUGCAGCAGGCCAUGGCCAUCCGCAGGAAGGAAGAAAGGGAGCGUAGAGCUGCUCUGCAUCGCCUUGACAACGAGGAUUGUGAGGAGGAGGAAGCUGAAAUGACUGAGUCAGAGGAUGAAGAGGGUGUUGAUGUGUUGUUGGGGGAUAAUGGUGCGGAAGAGGAGGACGAAGACGAAGCAGCGGAGGAAGGUGAAGAUGAGGUCUCAUUGAAAACAUGCCCCUCCCCAGGCUUUAAGAGUCCCUCUCCUACUCCAGCAGACACUGAUGGCACAUUGAUGCUGUUUGCCGGCAACUCCUGUUCCCGCACAGGUGAUGGUGUGAGAAGAUCAGGACCAGCUGGCCAUGAAGCUUACAAUAAAAUGGAGGAGGAUGAUACUCUAUCAUUGGCUAAGGACAGCAGUCAUAACAGCAGCUUUGAGCUAAUGGGCUCAAUGAUUCCAUCAUACCAGCCAGUGAGCAGAGCUGCAGGCAGAGGCCUGUCUGCCAGUGCGUUCCGCUCUCCCUCUCCAUGCCUAUUCAGACCCAGUUUCCUCGGCUCUGCUUCAAAGAGCUCGGGUAAACUCUCUGAGCCCUCACUCUCUCUCCCUGUGGAGGACUCUCAAGACCUUUACGCACCCUCUUCUCCAAGUGAGUCUGCCCUCCCUCCGGCUGGGGACUCCCAGGGUCGAUUCUCAUUGGAGGAGGACACCCACUCACAGCUCCUGGAUGCCGACGGCUUCCUAAACGUCGGCCCUCGCAGUCUGCCCCGCCGCUCUCACAAGCGCCAGCUUUUACUAGACAGCCUGGAUGAAAACGCCAUGGACGCUAACAUGGGAGAGCUCCUAGGGCUCUGCUCGGAGGGCUUCGGCUCAGGGAAGACCCAGCCAGGGAACUCGCAGCCUGGAGCAGAGGAUGAGCUGCUGGGACUGUGCUCUGGAGCUUUUACAACACAGCCUGAAGAACCAGCUGUACGGCCCAAGGAGACGAACAUGGCCUUGGUGCCGGAGAAGCAGAGAGGGGACAGUCGUGGCAGUUCAGAUGCAGACAUGGACCAGCUGCUGGCUCUCUGUUCCGGCAAGUUCACAGGAAGCCCAUCUGCUUCUUCACGUCUAUCAGUCUCCAGUCCUGCUUUUGAAAAAAGAAACAAGAAAGUAAUUGAAGAAGAAGAAGAGGAAGAGGAAGAAGAGGGUGACUGUGAAUUCCAUCUCCUGUCUGAUGUUGACAGCCUUAGUGAGAAGGAGGAUAAUGAAGAUGAAUCUGAUGCUGAAGAGGAGGAAAUUGACAAUGAGGAGGAGGAGGAAGAAGAAAGAGAAGCAGUCUUUGGGCGACGGCCUGGCAAAAAGAAAAUGCGUUUGGCUCAGUUUGUGGAUUCAGAGGCAGAGCUGUCAGGGAGUGAUUUGGGCAGUGAGGAUGAGGAUGAAGAAGGUGGAGAUGAAUACGAGGAUGAAGAUAUACAAGAGGAGCUUCCAUCAGAUGAGGAGUUGAUGGACCAAGUGAACAAAAUCCACAUGAAGCAUGUAUUAGAUGAUGACAAGAGAAAACUGCGACUGUAUCAAGAGCGUUACCUUGCUGAUGGUGACCUGCACUCUGAUGGACCUGGACGAGCUCGACAAUUCCGCUGGAAAAACCUUGAUGAUAACUUUGAGUUUGGUGGAACGGAUCCCAAUGGAGAUGAGGAAGAGGAGGAUGAAGAAAUUGAUCAAGUGGAGUUACAAAGACGUAAAGAGAGGAUAGAGAGGGAGCAGUGGAUAAGAGAACAGAAUGCAGCUGAGGCCAAAAAGGGGGGAGAUGUGGAAGAUGAAGAAAAGAUACAAGAUGAGGACAGUCAGUUUAUGAAGCUUGCCAAGAAGGUCACUGCCAAGACACUUCAGAAGAGAGACACUCCAGUUGUUCUGCAAGAGAAGGCCGCUCUCAAUACCAACCAGUUCCGAAAGCCAUUUGAAUCCACUGUGGUCAAAAGAGGCUCAUUGCUCAGUCAGCCUCGUUCAAUGUUGCAGAAAUUAGCCAGCAUCUCUGACAGCAAUCCCUUGGCCCCUCGUAACUCAAGAGGUUUCCUCUUCCAAACCUUGUCACCGGAAAAAGAAACCCCCAAAUUAGACGGCCCCAAGAAACAGAUUAAGAAAAGAGGACAGACUGACUCUUUGGCCCCUGCUGCCAAGCGAACAUGUUUUGGGAACCCCCUCAAACCUGCAGGACCACCACGAAGUAUUUUCAGUUAUCUGGAGAACUGAUAAAUUGCCUCCAACACCAGUAUUACUAACAAUUAAUAUAUGGCUUGAAUUUUCCCAUUGGCUAUCCCAAAUUCCAUGAUUAUGAAUGCUGGAUAUGUUUGCUAUUUGGAUUGUUUGUUUAACACUGUUUCUAUCAUGUAAAUAUUGUGAUGUUCUUUUAAGUGAUGUAUUUUUAUUUGUUUUUAUAAAAAUUGUAAAUUAAAGUGUAUUUUAAAUGGUAA